AUGGAUUUAGCCUUCAUCGUCGCCGACUUCCAGCCAGAAUCGUACACCCUCGCCGACUUCCAGCCAGAAUCGUACACCCUCGCCGACUUCCAGCCAGAAUCGUACACCCUCGCCGGGCGCGCCUUGGAAGAAAUUGACACGGUCGAGAAGGACUACAUCUUGGCGAUUCUUAACGGAGACCAGCCAUACCCGACGAGCAAAUCCACUCUUGCCGACACCCGGGGCGUCAAAACGAGAGCGUUCUUCGAGAAGCUACAAAACCUCGACUUCGAAAUUACCCAGAAUCAAAGAAGGCUGCGCGUCAUCAUCCAUACCCAGCUACAGUCUCAGGCCAGGGCGCGGGAGUUACCUUCGGAAGGUGGCAACCAACUCUGUGCCCCGCACUCGACGGCCGUGCGUCAGCAAUGUGAGCGGAUACUCAAGAAGUGCAUCCCACAGCGAGCGUCGCUCAUCGUGAAAUACGUGAAUGAGAUGGACGCACUCACAUGGGUAGAGACGGAGCAAGACGAGUGGCAAUGGCAGUGGAACGGACCAUGGUUGCAGGAAUGGAGCGUGGCACGUCCGAACGACGAUGCGAACACGGCGAAAUAUGCCUAUCGCGAUUAUGUGCUGAAGCUGGUCCUUGAAGUCGUGAACAAUAUGCGCAAUUUUCUGGACGACCCAAGCAAUUUUGAUCCUAAAUGGCAAAGUCCGACGGACCUAGAGAGCCGGCUCGGCUACCGACGCAAGGGGUACCGGAAACUCAACACCCAUGUUUUACUUUGUCGUGUUUAUCAUGAGGUAGGAGCGGGCAAACCGUUGACGAUGCGUGAGCGUAGUGUUCGAAUCCCACAAGUGGGAUCUAUCUUCAUGACCUGGCGCGGAUUGUAG